CCAGAAAUGCAAGUAUCACACCACAAUGAACUUAAACGGCAAACCCAUGCCUUCUGCGACCGAGUGUCGCGCCAGAACGGGCCCUGGCCCUCUACGCGAGCUCGGACCAUGGGAAACCGUGUUGUUGCGCAACACUAUUACAAGAAAGCCACCGCGGACAACUCGGAGACGCUACCUAGUGCCCGCAGGCCCGCAACAGAUGAACAGAUCGCCAUGGCCGCGCACUUCGCGGUGCUAGGCAUCCGCACUCUGCUGUACAUGGCCCUGUUCAACAUCAGCUACAACCCCAUCAUUGGACCAACCCCAGAAGUCAACGUGUUGGAGGCCUCGCAUACGGCCAACUCGGCCCGAACGCGGAGGCGUACGUGCAGGCCCAGCUCCGGCAACAGCACGGGCCCACACCCCAGCAGCGCCCGCAGCAGCCAGGACGCGGAGGCCCCCGGCGCAACCCGCAGCAGGACGAGCGUCAGGUGAUGCAGGGAGGGGGGCGCAUGCCCGCAGACAUCAACGGUGUAAAGGACGCCAUUACGGCAGCCUUCCCCGCUGGCAUCAGCAAGAUUACCCCCGUCAAAAACGGCUCCUUCGCUAUCACUGGCAGCAGCGAGCCGGUGAAAUAUGUUGAUGUGGAGGUACGCAUGCCAGCUGAGCUGCUGGCAGCAGCCCUCACCAGAAUCACGCUCAACCCCAGCAGCGGGCUGUGGUACUACCCCAAGGGCAACGACAGCCUCCUACCCCAGCGCGGCUUCCCCAGCUGGAGCUCCCGCCCACACGGCACCACCAGCAACGAUGGUGGGCUCCUAUGGUGCGUGUGCCACACCAUCAACGAGCACAACAACACACCGGCCGACGAGCUCUACCGGCAGGCUAGCCUCAACAUCGUUGCUGAGGUGGUUGCAGCAGGGCCGGCCAACACUGCAGCUGAGGCCCUGCACACCAUCGAGUCUGCUCUGCGAACGCAGCCAGCGCUGGCCCUGAACGCCAUGAUCAUCCAGUCAGCACGCCAGCCCCGCAGCUCGGAGAACAGCAUCGCCGCGCAAACGCUGCUGCUGCGGUUCACCUGCAGCAAGCAGCGGAAACUUGCGCAGGCAUCCCGGCUACUGCUGGUCGACAUGGGGGAGGGCCUGGUCAGCCUCACAUUCGAGGAGAGCGCGCGCCCCAACGGCGUCAGCCCGCGAGGACACCAGCAGGUGUCCAUCACCAGCAACAGCAUCAGCACAGAGAAUGGUGUGGCCAUGAGCCAGCUGGACGCAUUUGCGACAGAGCUAGCAGACCGGCUUGAGCAGCAGCGCCUAAUCCUGCCGCAGCACCUCGCCAUCCAGAACGGCGCCAGCCAGGCAGAGGCUGCACAGGCGCCGCCGCUCCUACACCCCAACCUGAUCGACACCUACGUUGGUGAGCCCCGCACAGUCACGGAUGCCAAUGACAUACUCGCGGGCUUCUUCUGGAGAGUGGAAGACAAGCACUUGCCCCUUGCCAGCAGCCAGCUGGUAGCGGGCAUGGGGGGCGACUUCGUCCUGAGGCGCCCAGACCCGCAGGCCACGCUCUGCCUGGAGGCAGCCGGCCCGACCAGCCUAAGCCGCCUCACGUAUGCCCUGCAAUUCAAAGGCAACAUGCAGCGGGGGCCCCUGCAGCUGGGAAGCAACACGCGCCACUCCAUCAUGUCAUACCCGCAGCAGCCCGCAGCACUGCCCACUCUCUGGCGCAACCCGGCAGACGCCUAUGCUGUGGCCGGCAACAUCCUCGACGGGGCCCCCAUCCUGCAGCCAGCUGUGUCGGCGGACGCCAAGACGGAGAACAACGCCACCAUUACCCGGAUGGCCGCAGCAGACCCCAGGCAGGAGGCAUUUAUCUAUGCCAUCACGCCAGAACCAGCCGCAGGGCCGGACGACAACGACGACCUGGACCUGGGCUGGGCCGGGCCGGCAGCGCCACCGCAGCCACCGCUGCCACAGCAGCAGCAGCCGCAGCCACCGCAGCUGCCUCCGCCGCCGCAGCCGCCGCAGCCGCUGCAGCCGCCGCAGCCGCCGCAGCUGCCGCAGCAGCAGCAGCAGCAGCAGCAGCAGCAGCAGCAGCAGCAGCAGCAGCAGCAGCAGCAGCAGCAGCAGCAGCUGCAGCAGCACCAGCAGCACCAGCAGCACCAGCUUGCCCUGCUGCAACCUCAGCAGCGCCCCCAACGCCCCAUGGCGGCUGGAGCCGGGUCCGCUUCCCUGAACCUGCUAACACGCCUGCAGACAGUUGCUGCCGCCGCCAACGCCGACCCGCCCGCCGGCGGCGGCCCUGUUGGAGCCGCAACCGGCAGCACUGCUGCCACCGCCACCGCCGGCCUGCCUGCGGGCGGGGACCAGGCUGGAGCUGCGACCGGCAGCGCUGCUGCCAUCGCCAACACCAGCCUGACUGCCAGCGGCCCUGCCGGGGCCAUGGUCGGCAACAUGGCCAAUGCUAACCAGUGGGGCCACCAGCCCGUGCCGGCAUACCCCUUCUCUACCCACCUCAACCCUGCCUACAGCGGAAACACCCCCCCUGACAGCAAUGCCAAGGGGCCUGUCAUGGCGGAGGAGGACCCCGAUGAGGACAUGAUCAACAGCCAGCAGGCCCGACGCCCCGAUGGCACACCCAGCUCCAAGCGCUCCGCGAUCCGCGUGCGCAUCACCGGACCCCGCACCGGUGGAGACGGCAACACAGGCGGCCUCAGCGGCGGCCAGGAGCCCCAGAACGCUUGAGAUCAACAACAUUGUCAGAAACGUGGCUCAGCGAUGGAUAAGAAGCAUGAGGGCAGCUACAUGUGCUCUAGUGGCACAAUGGGGGGCCAACUUAAGCGCGGCGGUAACUACUGCAAGGACCCAGAAUGUAGAACUGGGUAGAUUGACUAGACGGGCUUUGGAUAUGGUGUUGCAAACUCUGGCGUCAGCAGGCGAGGGAAUACAACAAAUGUGCACACAGGUCAACAAUGCCGGAUUGGACUUGGUCUGUGCGAAGGAAGGUGGCCACCAGUACAGUUGCAGGCAACUUUGACCACAAACCAGUCCACGCAGAGUUACUAGCCGCGGACCUACAGCUAUGGCCGGCACCACAGGCCGGCGCCCGGAACC